UACUGUUUUCUACUGUUCUCUAUCUGUCUUUCACACACAUUAAUCAGCCUCUCCCACUUUCCCUCUCUCUUCUUUCUCAUUAUUUGACACUUUGUUAUCGUAUUUGUGGUCAUUUUCCUCCUGUUUUCCUCUUUUAUCACUCCCUUUCUGCUGCUCACAUCUUCUCAAAGGCUGAGGGACUCACAGGACGCAGUAGGACAGGUUGGACACCAACACAUUGAUGGAGAAUGGCAUAUUUGAAACAUAAUAUUCCCUUUGUCAUCUCUCUCUGGGCGAUCUUGCUCUGUGUAGCCCUAUUGACCCUUCCCCUGGAGGCAGAUGGACUAAAGAGAAGCCUGUAUGUUUGGAAAGCAGGUGUAUGGGGUAUAUGCGUAGCCAGUGAUUGCGGUUCAGUCGGGCUUCAGAACCGCUCGGUAUCGUGUAUCCAUUCCGAAGGCUGGAGCACACAUGAGUCCAACUGCUUUCCGUCUGAACGCCCACCACACCAGCGAGUGUGUGUGCAGAUGUGCGAAUGGCAGAAGGAUCUGUUCGAAUGGCAUUUGUCUCCUUGGGGUCCCUGCACCCCGACCCCUUUCCUCCCAGCCAAUCGAUGUGUGACCGCCCAGCGUGGAGUACAGAGCCGAGGUGUGCUGUGUGUGAAGCGUACUAACGGCACCGCGGUGAGCCCUCGUAUGUGUGAAGCUUUCUCUUCGGCACCCGAGCGAGAGCAGGCGUGUUUGUUGCCCUGCCCUAUCGACUGCGUCGUCUCCGCCUUCUCUCAUUGGUCCACCUGCAGCCGUACCUGCGGGUCGGCUCUCCAGCAACGCACCAGGCACGUUCUGGCCGCACCCCUUUACGGAGGAGCUGACUGUCCCAGUCUUACCCAGACACGCCCGUGUAACUAUGACAACACUCACCCAGCCCAAUGUCCAUCUGACCAACAGGAGUACAGUUACAGUUUAUGGGUAGGGCCCUGGAGCCCUUGCAGGGUGAAAGGAAAGGCACCCAUUGGAAAAACAACAGUGGACUUUAGUUUUGGGCUGGAUUUGACACAAGCAGGCAAAGGUUCGUACUUCGUCAAGCGGCAAACUGAAAAUGUUUAUCGCCAAAAUCACAAUGAUGAUAAAAGAGGCCACAAAGCAUUGUGGGAAAUCACAAUCGGCUACCAGACCAGACAGCUUCGUUGUACAAGGAGUGAUGGAAAGAAUUCGAUGCUUAGCCUUUGUGACCAUGACAACAACCCGGUGAACUUUCGAUCCUGCGUGAUGCCCAGAGACUGCAAAGUGUCUGAUUGGUCAACAUGGAGUCCUUGUUCUAAGACCUGUCGAACAUCCGACCAAUCACCUGGCUUCAGAAGUAGAUACCGCACCCUAAUGAGAGCAGCUAUUGGUGGAGAGUCAUGCCCCGCACUGGAGGAAACACAACGCUGUAAUAUUUUGGAAGACACACUGGCAUUUUGCGCAAGGUAUGAAUGGAGCGUGACCAAAUGGAGUCCAUGUCAGGUUACUCCCCUUUUGAGUCAACAGGACCAUCGCCAUAGCAACAGUAGUGUCCUGUGUGGAGGUGGGAUCCAGACCCGAGAGGCAUAUUGUGUCAAAAUCCAUAACAACACAGCUCCAUCCCAAAUCAACAGGCCUGUUAGGAGGAACUUGUGCACUGGACCUUUACCGCCCUUGGCUCAGUCUUGCUCCAUCCCCUGUCAGAAACAUUGCCCCCUUACACUAUGGUCACCUUGGGGACCUUGUCUCCAUGACAAUUGUUUAGAACCUCAAGGGAGGAGAGGUUUCAGGGUAAGGAAACGUUCUGUAAUUACUGAGUCUUGGGUAGAGUCACACAGUUGCCCUCAUAUCACCGAAGCAAUGAUCUGUGAUGACCCCAUCUGCUUCCUGUGGCGAGUGACAUCUCAGGGGCCCUGUGUUCCUCACAAUGGAUCAUGUGGCUCAGGAACCCAAGAACAGACUGUUGGGUGCUUCUCUGUCACUGGUGAGUCGGCCCCUAGUGAUCGAUGUCCAGGUGAUUUUACUCCGGCCCAGCAGACCUGUGAGAUGGCCUGUCCAGAAGACUGUGUGAUGGGAGAUUGGGGUUCCUGGUCUCCAUGUUCACAAUCUUGUUCCAGUAAACAUUUUGAGGGAAGGCAGACUCGCUCUCGCACUAUCCUGGCUCUUCCUGGGGAGCAAGGUAAGCCAUGUUCUUCACGAUCUGAGUUGGAGAAGUGGAGACCCUGUGGUACAAACCCUUGCUCAGUUUAUUACUGGGAUACUUCAUCUUGGGAGCCUUGUAUGCCAGACUCUAUCACAGAUGGGAGUGAGAGGAACAGCACAGGCCAGAUGGAGAAUGAAGACGCCUGCGGCACUGGAGUGCAGAUGCGCCAAGUCACCUGCAGAAAAGCUGGCAAUGGACAUGUUUUACCAAAACGCUGCCCUGAGUCAUCUCGCCCCGAAUCGAUCCGCUCUUGUGCUCUACCUUGCCAAAUUGACUGUGUCGUCACACCUUUUAGUGAAUGGAGCCCCUGUCCCACAUCAUGUUUACCAGUGAAUGAAACGGUCUCAACCCAGUCUCGUCACAGGAUCAUUAUCCAGAAACCUGCUAAUGGAGGUCAGGAGUGUCCAGACACUCUUUAUGAGGAGAGAGAAUGUGAGCCGCCUCCUCUGUGUCCUGUUUACAGAUGGCAGACCCACCGCUGGCAUCAGUGCAUUCUGGUACCUGAUUCGGUGAGACAUGCUGUGGGCGGACCCACAGAGCCAUGCGGGAUUGGCUUAGAGUUAAGAGACGUUACUUGUGUCGGUGCGGAUGACGCUGCAGCAGAUAUUGCCGACUGUAUGAGGUGGGCAGGUGUGAUGCCCGUACAGGUGAGGGAGUGCCGGGUGGCAUGUAAAAACGAAUGCACCUUCACUUCCUGGAGCAGAUUUACCCAAUGCCAAGGCUGUGGUAGUUGGCGUACCCGAAACCGAUCCUUGAUAGGUCGCAGUAAAAAGCGCUGGCGUUGCCAACAGCAAGAGUUGUUUCCUCUCCAGGAGAAAGAAGCCUGCCCCUGUUCUGAGUUUUACACCCAACCUCAGGGUCCCUGGUCGCCCUGUUUGCUCCAUCCAAUAAAACAUCAAGCUGGGCAUCCUUUCCUCCAAGGAGUUUACCAGGAAGGCCAAAAGGCCGUCCAGGACUGGCAAACUCAGAAAAGGAACAGCGAGUGUGGAGCUGGCAAGCGUUACAGAGCCCUAGCCUGUCUGGAUCACAAGGGACGAUUGGUGGAACCACAGCUUUGUAGCAGCUCUGGUUAUGAAGAGGAAGUCUGUCACGUGCCUUGUUCUACAGACUGUAGGUUGAGUGAGUGGUCUAACUGGUCCACCUGCAGCGCCUCUUGUGGUGGAGGUGUGAAAGUUCGCUCUCAGUGGCUACGAGAAAAACCUUUCAAUGGAGGCCGACCCUGCCCACAACUCAAUAACAAAAAUCAGGUGUCUGAGGUACUGCACUGUUACUCUCAGUGCAGUCAGUAUAUAUGGGACGUGACCUCCUGGUCCAUGUGCAUCAUCCACCCCAUAAACACUAACAAUGCAUCAACCAACACAACACCAGGCCGGCCUAUGUGUGGAGAAGGACUACGGACGCGCAAAAUCCGCUGUGUGAAAAUGGGAGGACAGAACCAGAAUGAGAGUGUGGACGACUCGCUGUGUGACCAAGAGGAGCAGCCAAUCACAGCUGAGACCUGUUUACUGCCUUGCCCCACCCACUGUGUGACCUCAGAAUGGAGCCAAUGGACCAAAUGUUCUGUGGAUUGUAACGAUGGUGAUUUGAGGUGGAGGAGUCGAAGUGUGUUGAGAUGGCCAGAAGGAGAUCACAUCUGCCCUGAUCUAAACCAAACUCAAGCCUGUAACAAUGUCACCUGUCUUAAAUACUCAUACGUAUAUUCAGACUGGAGUAGCUGUCAGAUAGGUGAAAAUGCAGUAUGCGGCAGGGGGAUUAAGACACGACUCCUGAACUGUGUCCGCAGUGACGGAAAGCUGGUGGAACUGAGCAUGUGCAAAGAGUUGGGUCCAUCACGAGGAAAGCUGUCUGCCCCCUGUGAGGUGGGCUGUCCUGUAAACUGCCUGCUUACAGAGUGGUCCAACUGGUCAGAAUGUUCACACACCUGUGGAAACCAAAGUCAGAUGACGCGCUCCAGGGUGGUUUUACAGUCUGCUGGAGAGGGAGGUCGUCCGUGUCCGUCUCAGCUCUCACAGACUCGCUCGUGUCCCAUCAAACCCUGCUACAGCUGGAGGCUGGGGAACUGGAGUCCAUGCAGGGUCGAGGGUGCUGACUGUGGUGAGGGUGUAAGUCGGAGGGAAAUGUCCUGUGUUGUGCACUGGGGUUCUCUUUCAGGUCCUCCUCAGCCGGUCCCUGUAGAUGACCAUUGGUGUGUGGUAAAUUCCCAGAGUAAAGGGAGUGAGAUUGAGUUACAGCAGCCCUGCGCGAUCCCUUGCCCAGGCGAAUGUCACCUGGCCAAGUGGUCCCCAUGGAGUUCAUGUCAGCUGCUGUGUUUGGAUGGGCGUAGUUUUGAGACGUGGGGUCGACAGGCUCGUUCUAGAGCCGUAGUCACACAGGUGGCGGAGAACCAGGACAGCUGUCCAAGCCAGGUCUAUGAAACACAGCCAUGCCAAGGUGGGACCUGUCUCAGUUAUGAAUGGAUGACUGGUGAAUGGAGGCAUAACCGCAGACUGGUGUGGUGUCAGCGCUCUGAUGGAGUCAACGUCACGGGAGGUUGCAUCGCCCAAAACCGGCCCUCUGCAGUGAAACAGUGUCACCCUCCAUGUACCAAACCCUUUUCUUUUUGUACACAGAGUGGAGUUUGUGGUUGUGAGAAGGGCUUCACAGAGGUCAUGUCCUCUCAUGGUUUUCUGGACUAUUGCACCAGAACUCCAGGAUUGGAUUAUAAGAAAGCAGAUGUGAAGACCAGCGCAGGACAUGUCAGACCAGAACACGCUCGAAACAAGAACCAGAUUAAUGAUUGGGCGCUACAGCCACUUGGACCAGACGGCCGUGUAAAGCUCUGGGUUUAUGGACUGAUGGCUGCAGGGUUCAUCUUGAUUCUGCUUCUCAUUGUUAUGUCCUUCAUCUUGUGUAAAAACCCUGAGGAAAGUCCCAGCAGCACUCCACAGAAGACAAUGACUUACGAUGAUGUGGACAUGUGAACUCUCAUUAACACAGUGUGUAUGCAAUACUAAAGCAAUCUCAAGUCAGACCACAACACGGAUGUUUACAGCACACAAAUAGAGCCAGAUGACAGAAAUUGCUGACAGGAGAAUUAAACACAGCGAAAGGAACGUGGUGAAUGUUAUACCCUGGAAAUGGUUUGUUAUCAUGCAUACCAUGGUGAGAUUCUGUGCGUGUGUGUGUGUGUUUGUAUCCUGUGUAUGUAUGUUUAUGUGUGUACGUCAAUCAUAAAGUUUGUGUAAUGCUCUUAUUACCGGUAUGGAUCAACGUGGUUUCAUAGAACCUUGCAAAAACCUGAGCAUGCAGAUUUACAGAAAUCGGGCCUGUAUGGGGUAGCUUUUGACAUUUUUUGGUCAAAUUGUAUAUAUCUGUAAGUACUCUCGUUUUGUCACAGUUCUAACAUGUUUAAAAUCAUUUUAUAAUCACAGAGUCUGUGCAGAAUAGGCAAAAGAAACUCACACAUUUUGUCUGGACCAACUUAGUGAGAAAUUGUCCUUUGAACCUUUAAAGGGAUAGUUCAUCAAA